AAAAGGUCAUGAGAACAAUGCAGUUUUCCAAAUGCUAUUGCAGUCUGUGUUUCAUGUCGAUAAAUGUCAGUGAUAAAUUCCAUUUUGAUACGAUUUCCGAAUGGCUAUGUUUUGUUUGUUUUCUUCAUCGGUUAUACGGAGUUUGAUCAUAUUUUAAUAAUAUUUUGACGCAGUCUGUGCCCAAAUACAUUGAUACGAUUUAAGAAGCGAUAUUCUAUACCGUGCAAUUCUCCGAUUUCCCGAGUGUAUGUAGUUUCAGACAUCGACGAAAAACACUAUCGUCAUCAGAACGCGUUGACAAUUGUCGUCAUUUGUGCUUGCUCUCGUGAGCUGUGUGUGUUCUGUUUUUUUUUCUCUCUAGAUAACACUGGAUACGGUGUCAGGCGCGAGAAGGUCGAGGUAAUUGCAAGAACACAUUUCAAAGCAACACUCAAUUAAAUGUCAGCUAGAAAUUAACGCAGGCACACACAGUACGAUUCGUGAAUAGAACAUCGUAUUCGCGUUACAUAGUCCACAAGAAAUAGUAUAAAUACCAAAACAGUGAAAAGGAAAGCAAAAAAAAAAAAAACGGAGAAAGUGAAAAAGAGCGAGAGACGAGAGUAAGAGAUAAGGAAUAAAAUACAGUAGCAAAUCAACAAUGUCGCCGCAAUUAAUCAACAAAGUAUUGAAUCAGAAUUGGUUUGUGUCAACACAAAUGAAAGAGAUGCGUCGGUCAGCAACAGUAUUGGAAACAACGAGCGCCCUUCAAGUAUUCCAUUGCAUUGAAAAUGCGGCGGCAAAAUUCAUUCGCACAAUGAACCAUCGGCAUCAUAGGAUGAUGCUUUGUGUCAUUGUAUAUUGUCUAGUACUUAGUUUGAAUUCUAUAAAAUAUGUCAACUGUGAUAUUGAACCACAUCCCGUAAACAAUCAGUUUGGCGAUGAUGAUGAUGCGAUCGGUGUCGGUGCGGCUGUACCACGCAUACCAGUUCCAGCCAAGCCAAUUGAGACACAAAAUGUCAACGAUGCGAUUGAUUCACCUGAUAAUAUCAACAAGAGCAAUAAUUACGAUAACAUACUGGGUGAUUCGAAAUUCUUGCAUGCAUUCAUUGGAUCAUUAUCGGUGAUUGUUGUGUCGGAAUUGGGCGAUAAGACCUUCUUUAUCGCUGCAAUCAUGGCUAUGCGACAUCCACGUAUGAUUGUAUUUGUGGGUGCGAUAACCGCACUCGCGCUCAUGACUAUUUUGUCGGCUGUUUUCGGUCAAUUAGCAACGUUGAUACCACGUGUCUAUACUUACUAUAUUUCAACGGCACUGUUUGCUAUAUUCGGCUUGAAAAUGCUUCGUGACGGCUGGUAUAUGUCACCGAACGAUGCACAAGAGGAAUUUGAAGAGGUGCAAUCCGAUUUGAAGAAGCGUGAAGAUGAGUUUGAAAAAGAAACGGCCACAUCGACAAUUCUUCUGCCUGAUAUUGAAAGUGGCGUGGUUACGGUUACCGAAAAUCCACAGGUUGAUGUGAACACAACGGACACACCGACACCAACACGUAAAGCCAAAAGCAAGAGCAACAAAUCGAUCAUGACUCGUGUUCUAAUCCAAGCAUUUUCGAUGACAUUCUUGGCCGAAUGGGGUGAUCGUUCACAAUUUACCACCAUCAUUCUGGCGGCACGUGACAAUUUAUACGGUGUUAUAGUUGGCGGUGUGUUGGGACAUUCAUUUUGCACCGGAUUAGCUGUGAUUGGCGGUCGUAUGAUCGCACAACGCAUCUCCGUUCGAACCGUGACCAUUGUUGGAGGUAUCGUGUUCAUUUGCUUUGCAUUCAGUGCAUUCUUUUUCAAUUCAAAGGCAGAUGAGAAUCCAAGUAUAAAGCCAUAAUUAACGGCCACACCGAUCCCAUUCAACAAUUUGACGACGCAACAAAACCCAAGCGAAUUUAUUCUUAAUGCAACUCAUGCAACUGCUACGAAAUUUUAUUCACAUUCAUUGUAUUUAUAAAAAAAAAAUAGAGAUAUGCGACACACACACACACACACAGAGACAUACACAGUUCGGCCGUACAACAAAAAUCACCCGUUUUUCUUUCGUCGUUAUUCAUUUUAGAAUAUAUGAAUUUGUUGUUAUCGAUGUUCUAAGUUGAUCACUCAAGCGAUCAUUACAUUGGAUCAUUUAGUUUACCGAUCAAAAUUUGGUUAAUCCAAAAUUUAAAAAAAAAAUUGAAAUUCAAAAUCUAAAAUAGGAAAACAAGUUGUUUUAUGUAGAUCAAAAUUAUUAGAUGGUUUGAACAAAAAAAAAAAAAAAAAAAAUAAAAACUCGAACAAUAAUUUUCUCAAUUGCUGAACCGAAAACCAAUGCAAUUGAUGGCUUUAA